CUUCUGGAAACAGCCAGUACCACCACUUCCGGAGAAUUUUUAUGCAUACACAAGCAGUUACCUACACGGAUUCCGUUUUGCUCUUUCUCAUCCAGGUACAGCCUGGAGCAUUUAAGAAGGCACCCUGAUGGGCAUAUCUCACACAAGACCACCCGAUCCAGAGACAGGCCAGCACCUCACUCGCCAGCCUCCUGCCCACCAUGAAGCUCGCUGUCAUCCUCGCCCUGGCUACCCUGGCUCUCUGCUGCAGCCCUGCUUCUGCAGCCAUCUGCCCAAACUUUCUGAACAUCAUCAAGACCCUCUUCCUGGACACGCUUUCCAGUUACGAGGCUGCGAUCGAAUUUUUCGUCCCAGACCCAGACAUGAAAGACGCGAUGGUCCAGCUGAAGAGUCUGGUGAACACCCUCCCUGCAAACACCACGGAGAACAUUCUGAAGUUCACGGAACUAGUCUUAAAAAGCCCAGUGUGCGCCUAGGAUAUAGAAGCUGAAAAUCUCCAACUGCUGAAAUUCUUGCAGCUCCCUGGACACGUCCUUCACUCUGUCCCCCCCUGGCUCCCUUCAAUAAAGUAUAAGCAUCUCACUUCAUGCUCCCACCCCCGCCUCUUUUUUGCGCACCUGCUAGAAUGAGAAGGUCUGCCACUGCGAGAGUAAGGUUAGCAGGUGCAAAGAGCAAGGCAGUGGCCGUGCAAACACA